ACGGAGCUCAAAGUCGGAGCAGAGCAGUAACAGUGGAAGCAUGUCUGCGCUGUUUAACCAGCAGCUCACACACACACACAGGGUGUGAGAGUUCAGAGAACCAAGGGCUGGAACGCGAUGCGGACACGCGCCAGGUAGAUGGUUUUAUUUCCCAUUGCUCCUAGUAAUGGCCGUUAGAAGUUUGUGCUGAGUUCGGAGUCUCAUCCCUGUUGCUGUGAGACCACUCACGCUCAUCUCUUGCGUUUAGAGAGAAGGACCACUAACGCCAUUGUCACGUAAGUCUCGUCCAGCAUCUCACACUUCAACCACUUGAUUCAAGCGACUCAGCGGGCAACACAUAGAUGCGCUAUUAUUUGCUCCUAACGCACAGGGUGCCGCACAGUUAGUUGCUAAUGGACACUGUAGAGUGGUGCCUUGCUCAAAGGCAGCGUCAUUCUCUCCUGCUGCUUCUCCUUAUUUGUUUGUCUCAUUUGUGUUAGAUGAGAUGCCAGAUAGGUCACAAUCACAGGGGUUGCUUCAUUUUUCAUUUUAAUGUGAAGAGCUUUUGACACAUCCAGUGUAACCACCAUCUGUUACACAGCGCACUGAGAUCCCGUGUUUGGCUCUGAGUGUUCAUUAAGGUCGGCGGAGGUGCAGGGAGCUCUCUGCUAAAGUGAGCCGGAGACGCGCUCAGCCGCGAAACGGAAGGAGAGGGGGCGAUGGCGGAGUGGUAACUAAAUGACUCUUCAUUUCACGUCCACCUCCAUCUAUUAAAGGCAGCCCUCAGGAGGAGCGCGCGCCCGCCAGGAGACGAGCGGACGAAGCAGCGCGCGCCUGUUGGGCAGCGGUUAAUUAGCUUCUGGCACGGCGGGGCAACGCGCACAUCGCCCUUUAAAUCCACUAAAGUCUUUCAAGCUCAACAAAUAGUGUGAAGCAGAAAUGUCUGUACGCGGUGUAUUUGCAACAGGCACCAGGAGGCGUCCAAGUGCGCGAGGAUGUUACCCGCAGGCUCAGAGCUCAGGUUUUACCUGGAGUGAGCGGUGCUGAGCUGCAGAGAAGACUGCCACCUCUAUGUUUGUCAUAUUGUAGAAGGCACUUCCAGUGAACACUGACCUUUUCACUAUCAAGUCCCAGGCGUUCUGUCCAGAGGUUCUGAUUGAGCUGCAGCUGUGGUCCCUUCACAUUAAAAGCGUCUCUGCAAAAGUGGACGUGCAGGAAGGAUCCGCUGUUUGUGGCCUUGAGACUUGAGACAGAGCAGCUCCUCAUGUCAGACAGUUCACAUGAGACUUGGUGUUUAUUGUGGAACCAGAGCUAAAGUAACAUCCCUAAACGUUGAUGCACAAGGUGAUGUGUUUAUUAGAAUGAAGUUUUUGUUGAUUGUAUCACCAAAUGCAGCAUAUUAAAUCACAGCUCCCGGGGCGUCAUCCAUAUUUAAAAGAACAGUCGGGAUGUGGUAAAUAUGCAGGAUUUCUUCAGCCCUUCUUCACAAGUCUGAUGAGAGAGAACUGGUCCAAAUGGAGGCAGUUCAUUCCACAAGCUUUACCCUGAGACCAACAACGACACAAUCUACCCCACCAUUUAAGAUGCUUCAUGUUCUCAUGAGUAACUACAUCCUCCAACUGCAAACUUUGGCCUCCAAGGGACAUUUUGUAACCAGACUGUUGCAAACGUCUUUUAUGUGUUUGACACAAACAUAAAAUUGAUCAAACUCCUCUUCAUUUUCUAGGUGACUUCGGUGUUUGGACUUCAUCCUUGUUUAAAUUAAACAAACGCUAAACAAAGAAGUUGGUUAAUUAAUGUACAGUAGAAGAAAAGCGACCGGCUAAGCCUGACUGAACUGUCUCUUCAAAUACUGAGCCUCAUCCCUUCACCUCACUCAAAUGAACCCACUCCUCCCACCUGGCAAACAUGGCCGACAACGUGAGCUCCAGGGUCGACACGCCGACCAACAUCUCCCUGAGCCCCAGCGUCGGCGUCUCUGACUCGCUGGAGUACAAGACCGUGUCCGUGUUCCUGGUGCUGCUGGUGUGUGGCGUGGGCAUCGUGGGCAACAUCAUGGUGGUGCUGGUGGUGCUCACCACGCGCCACAUGAGGACGCCCACCAACUGCUACCUGGUCAGCCUGGCCGUGGCCGACCUGACGGUGCUGGUGGCAGCGGGGCUGCCCAACAUCUCCGACAGUCUGUCGGGCAAGUGGAUAUUCGGCCACGCCGGCUGCCUGGGCAUCACCUACCUCCAGUACCUGGGGAUCAACGUGUCCUCCUGCUCCAUCACUGCCUUCACCGUGGAGAGGUACAUCGCUAUCUGCCAUCCCAUAAAGGCCCAGACCGUGUGCACCGUGUCCCGGGCCAAGCGCAUCAUCGCCGGGGUUUGGAUCUUCACCUGCGUCUACAGCACGAUGUGGCUGUUCCUGGUGGACAUCCAGGUGAGCCAGGACGGACACGCGGUGCAGUGCGGCUACAGGGUGCAGCGGGAGCUCUACCUGCCCAUCUACCUCACCGACUUUGCCGUCUUCUACGUGGUCCCGCUGCUGCUCGCCAUCGUGCUCUACGGCCUCAUCGCGCGGAUCCUCUACGUCAGCCCGCUGCCCAACCAUCCUGACACCAGGGCCACCACGCUGCGUCAGCGCGGCCCCGAGGCCUCGGACGCGGUGAAGGGGGGUCGCCAGGGCCGGCCGAGGACCGCGCUGUCCUCCAGGAAACAGGUGACGAAGAUGCUGGCGGUGGUUGUGGUCCUCUUCGCGCUGCUGUGGAUGCCCUACCGAACGCUGGUGCUGAUCAAUUCCUUCGUGUCCACGCCGUACCUGGACGCCUGGUUCCUCCUGUUCUGCCGGACAUGCAUCUACGCCAACAGCGCCAUAAACCCGGUCAUCUACAACGCCAUGUCUCAGAAGUUCCGCUCGGCCUUCCGCGGGCUCUACCGCUGCCAGCGCCCGGAAGCCCAUCAGAGGACUCUGUCUCUGUUCCACACCGGCUUCAGCAGUGUGCGGGAGCGCAGGACCUCCCAGGCCCACAGCAACGGCACCAGUGAGAGGGCGGGCGUCACCGAUGCGGCUGGCAAGCAGAACGGGAGCAGCUUUCCAGACCCGGCCGGGGGGAGGAGAGCUGAGAGUCCCGCUGACGCAGGCACUGUGAGCUCGGCUGAAACGUCGCCCGGUGGCGAUGAGGAGCCGCCUUCCCACAACGCUAUGGUACAGUUUGCAGACAGAAGCGCCAACAACAGAAAACAGGAAGACGCGUAAAGGUGUCCAUAGUAGCACGGUGUAGGAAACGAUUAGCUGCCAAACAACCGUAGGUCACUCAUGAGCAAAGGUUCCUGCAUAGAUUAACAGGAGAACGCUGCCUGCACUAUAAACCAGAACAGUUCUACUAACUUAUAAAGACUGAGGGCACUAUGCUUAAACAGUUAAUGGAACUCAUAACUAUUAAUAUCUCAGACAUUUUAUGUAAAAUAAAUUUUCUUAUUGUUUUUAAGUGCUCGCUGUUUUUCAUGGUACGUUGGGAUGUGACAUCAUUAUGUCACAACUCUCCAGUCGGCAGCAAGUCGGUGUAGUGAGUAGCACUGUCGCCUCAUAGCAAGAAGGUCCUGGGUUUGAUUCCUAGCUGGUGGCGUACAUUGCCUUGGCAUUUAGAGAAGGAAAAAAACAAUAAGUCAAAGAAAUAAUCAUUUUAUCACUUAAAUUAAAAAAAAACACACAAAUUAAUAUUUUUUAGUUUGAUUAAGUUUGUUCUUUUAAAUUAUUGCUUACUUAAAAAUUAUUGUUCAUUAAUGUAAAUAUUUUGAGGUAAUCAGUUGCCUCAAGUUUUGAGUUCUGUUAACUUUUACAGUGUCGUGAUGGCAAAACAGAGGCACAAUUCAUUUUGUGGUAUUUGGAACCUCUGUUUAUGUGGCUGCGUCCAAAUUCAGCUGCUUCUCUGGAAUAGAAGAGGAAUUGUGAGGGACUUUUCUCUAUUCAAAAUGUUAAAAUGUUGAGCUCUUGAUUAUAAAUCAAAGGAUGAUGAAUUUCUGGAAAAGAAUUCUCAAGAAAAUGAAGAGCAGGUACAUUGAAAUCAAUGAGUAACAGUUGGCCAUUAGUUAUUUGAAGCUAGAACACAGCGCUUUUAUUUAAGGAAUGCAUUCUUUCAAUAGAAAAAACAGUAAGAACUUAAAAUAAGUAUAUAGUAUAGUAUGAAAAUUACAGUAUUUGUUAAGCAAAGAUGGGCUUGAUGAGCAGCACUUGUUCCUCUUCUCCUCUAAACCAUCGGACAGACUGAGCUACAGCAGUUUUCACAUCCGUGGACGAUGUCACAUGUGCCAGAGGACCAGGAAACAAAAACGCAGGCAUCCGACCAAUUCCCACAUGAAGCUGAAAGAGCAAAGAGAACAAUUCUCUAACAUCCUGAUUAGAUUUGUACGCUGGAGGCACCGACUCACGCUUUGCUCUCGGUUUCCUUCCUAAAGGAAAAAAAGUGUUUUAAUGUGUGUGAAUUCUCAAGGUUCUGUUUUGUACAUGAACAUUUUUCUUUUUAAACAGUUUGGUAAAAUCUCAAUAUGAAACUCUAGAAAUACUCGCAUAUUAACCACUUUUCAUUCAAGCAUGGCAGAGGUACCACGGUACUAAAAACACAUCAGGGCCCAGGCUGGUGAUGGAAAAGACCCGGUAAAGCAGUGAGACCAGUCACAGACCAGACCGGUGCCCUGAAAACAUUCCUACUCCCAUGAUGCAUUAACCAAAGUAAUGACUUACGCAGAAAUGUCCUGAUUAAAGCAUUCAUUGAAUGCUGUCACUAAUCUGUAGGUUAGUUCUGAGUGAUAAACCUGCUGUGACACAGCUGACAAAUAACCUGUGUUGACCUGUGCUCUCAUGUCUGUGGACCUUGACCCGGUCUGACCCAGUAUGAGCUCAAACAUGGUUCCGUUUGUUCUGUCUGACGUAUACUAUGCCACACGCCUGCAGUGACCCUGAGUCUCUAUGUCUGUAUUAUGGAGUCUGUUCAUACUGUGUUUUGCUUUAUUGGUGAUGUUUAUUAUUUUUGUUUGCAAUAUGUUUACUUUAAAAUUUACUAAAUAGAUGUACAUGUUUGCUGCAGAGAUGUUUACUUAAAAGACACUACAUUAGAACUAAACAGUUAACACGAGUCUUUAUAGCAGGAAGACAAUUGUUGUGUAACUGUUUUAUCACUGAGGCCAAUUAUUAACAAUGACCUCUCCCUGUUUUUGGUAAAGGAGGGUUGAAGUCUGGCACAUCCUAAUUAUGUAAAUAAAACAACGAGCUGCACUUCUUCAUAUGAGGCUCCAGUUGUUCUUAUACGAGUACGAGUCAGCAUCCGACUGUUUAGGCUGGAGGCCUGUGGCUUUUUGCUGUGUCAUGGUGUAAAUGUAUAUUGUACAGUAUAUUGGUUAAAACUUUCUAUUUGUAGACUUGACUGAUGUUGAUGUCUGGUGUGAGCGUUACGAAUGGAAACGAGGUUUCAAGGAGUCAAUGCACAGAAGAGUUCCUGCUUCAUGAUGCCUCACACACUCAAUCGAAUGGUUUCUAUUUUGACGCAAGGACUGCGAAAGGACCUGGACCGACUUUUAGUUUGGAUAAUUACAGUGUGAGCGCUGACAGAGUGAAAGAUUGCAGACCUCCCAUGGAAACGCUGGUGUGUGUGUGUUUAGCCCUGCAGAGCUGCUGUUUGUUGUGUUGUAAAUGUGUAGUAAUCAAAUGAUUUGAAGUGAGUUGAUUUGUAUUGUUGGACCAAGAAGUGUGAUUACUUCAGGAAACGCACCGUGUGAUCGUGGUGAAGUGAAGUGCUGUGGUUUGCUGUUAAAAUGUCAAUAAAUCGGCCUCAGCCAGA